AUGCUCCGGCUGCUGAGCACCCUCCUGCUUGUGGCCCUUGCCUCAGCCUCCGGCCAACCUUCCUUCCGCCCGUCCAUCCGGGUUGUCAAUGGCACCAGUGCAGUCCCCCACAGCUGGCCCUGGCAGGCCCUCUUGCUGAUAGAGCAGGGUGACUGGCUGAACAUAUACUGUGGCGGGACCCUCAUCAAACAUAACUGGGUUCUGACGGCUGCCCACUGCAUCUCGAACGAGAAAUACUGGGUUGCCUUGGGCGAGCAUGAUACAACUGUCUCCGAGGGAUCCGAGCAGCUCAUCCCCGUGGAGGCGAUCUACGUGCACCCACUUUACAACAACGAUGACGCAUCCCAGGGCUAUGACAUCGCCCUCCUGAAGCUGUUGUACAACGCCGAGCUGACAGAUGAAGUCAAACUCGCCUGCCUCCCUCCUGCUGGCUACAUCCUGCCCCACGGGACGGAAUGCUACAUCACUGGCUGGGGCAAUCUCAACACUAAUGGGCCAAUCCCGGACCAGCUACAGCAGGGGCUGCUGCCCGCGGUGGACCACCCACACUGCACCCAGCCGGACUGGUGGGGCUCGGCUGUGAAGGAGAUCCAUGUGUGCGCCGGCGGCGGUUACAGCUCUGCCUGCUACGGUGACUCCGGGGGACCCCUCAACUGCCGUGGAGUGAACUGCAAAUGGGAGGUCCACGGCGUGGUCAGCUUUGGUCCUGAAAUCUGCAACACUGAGAAGAAGCCCACGGUGUUCACCCGAGUGUCGGCCUACAUUGACUGGAUUAUUGGGAUCAUUGGUAGCGGCCUCGAGUGCUCGUGCUGA